GUAGCAGCAGUUCGCGGAUUGUGGGUGGGGGUGCCGGCGGGGGAGUGUUUUGGACUGUUGGGGGCAAAUGGAGCAGGCAAGACUACCACCUUCAGGAUGUUGACCGGGGAGGUGAUGCCCGACGCGGGAGACGCGCGCGUGGCGGGUUUUAGUGUACGGAAGCAGUUGGCAGCGGCGCGGCGGCAGCUCGGGUACUGUCCCCAGUUCGAGGCGCUUCCGGGAGCCAUGACGGGUCGGGAGGUGGCGGCCAUGUACGCCAGGUUGCGAGGGGUUCCGGAGCCGUACGUCGCCGGUCUGGUGUCGUACCUACUUAAGCGGCUUGGGCUCGAAGGUGCGGCGGACAGCCCUUGCGGUGGUUACAGUGGCGGCAUGAAACGCAAGUUGGGUGUGGCGGUGGCGUUGGUGGGUGACCCGCGGGUCUGUGCGCUGGACGAGCCCUCCACGGGAAUGGAUCCGGGAGCCCGCCGGGGUCUGUGGACGUGUUUGCAGGUGCGUGUGCGCCGUACUGUCGUACUGACGAGCCAUUCCAUGGAGGAGUGUGAGGCGCUGUGCACUUCACUGACGAUUAUGGUGGCGGGUCGGUUGAGGUGUUUGGGGACCGUACAGCACCUGAAGAGCCGCUUCGGAGGCGGGUACAUCCUGGAGAUCAAGUUGCAGCCGGCAAGUGCCAGCAAUCCGUCCCUGGCGAGUGGUCCGUCGCCGCCGCCGCCGCUGCCGCCGCUGCCGCAAUCAUCGCACUCCAUGCAGCAGAUGCAGCAGCAACAGCGACAUUUAGACCUUGCCGCACUUUUCGAGGCGGUUGAAUCCCAACGAGCAGCUCUUGGGGUGGCCGAUUACUGCCUGACACAAACCACCCUGGAGCAACUCUUCGUAUCAAUGGCCGCGAGCAGCACGACGAAC